AUGGCCGAUACGGAGCACGAAGUGGCAGAGGCGACCUUUCAGGCAGACGCCAAUGCAUCAAAUGACGGAAUAGUGUCGCCGCAACCGUUAAGAGUAGACAAGGCUCGAUUGACGACAGGGCCAGAAUGGAAAGAAAUUGGAGGGAUGGAAAGCGAGGAAUCACACGAACCCAACGGUGUUGACAGUCGUGAAUUUGUGCCUGAGGAUGCUCCAGCUGAAGACGCGGCUUCUUCGGAGACAGGAAACACAGGUGAGGGUGAAACCGGUACUGUUGACCAAGACGAGAGCAAACAGCAUGAGGAGCCUCAGUCUGUACCUGAAGGCCCCUUCACCCCGCAAGAACUGACGGCGGAAGCGGUUCCAGAACCAAGAGCCCGCUCUGAUUCGAGAUCUACUACCGCGACGCAAGCUACCCAAGCAACCCACCGAUCUACCCCGGUGAGCUCGACGGUUUUCGUUGUCACAGCUUUGGAGGCGAUUGCGGCUUCGAAGGAUGCGAAAAGGAACAAGGCGUUGGAGGAUGCGGUCCAGAAGGCCCUGGCCAAUAUUAAGCAAUCCGAUACGAAGCCCCUUGAUCCCGAGGUCAUAUUCCUCCCUCUACAACUAGCCACUAAAACAUUCAGUAUCCCGCUUCAGGUGACAGCCCUGGACUGCAUUGGAAAACUGAUCACAUACUCUUACUUCGCCUUUCCUUCGAGUCGUCCGGGCCAAGAUGACAAAGACCCCGCCAAUAAGGAACUCCCGUUGAUAGAACGAGCUAUUGAGACUAUUUGCGAUUGUUUUGAAAAUGAAGCUACACCUGUGGAAAUCCAACAGCAAAUCAUCAAAUCGCUGCUGGCUGCUGUGUUGAACGACAAAAUUGUCGUGCACGGUGCCGGUCUUCUCAAAGCCGUACGUCAAAUAUACAACAUUUUUAUAUAUUCCAAGUCAAGUCAGAACCAGCAGAUUGCCCAAGGCUCCCUGACGCAGAUGCUGGGAACUGUCUUUGACAGAGUCCGUAUGAGGCUGGAUUUGAAAGAAGCCCGUCUACGUGAACCAGAAGACCACCAAGAAACCCCUGUCGAAUCUACAAUUGUCGAUCCUGGCGAGGGAAGCCAACUGUCGGAGUCUAUGGAGGCUGCGUCAACUGUAUCCGAUCAACCGACGCAAAAAGAACCUAGAGAAAAGCUUACUCUGCAAAGUUUUGAGUCAAGCAAAGACGAUACGAUGGUUACCGACAAUGUUCCAACCAUGGUCACUCGAGCAAGGCCGACUCACCGAUCAACGCGUUCUGUGUCCAACGUGACAGAUGAGAAGGAAGAUGAAGGGUCCGAGGAUGAGGUUGACGAAAUUUACGUGAAGGACGCCUUCCUCGUUUUUAGGGCUAUGUGUAAACUGAGCCAUAAGACACUUACACACGACCAGCAGCAGGAUAUCAAGUCCCAGAAUAUGCGAUCCAAGCUGCUUUCACUUCAUCUUAUUCAUCACCUGAUCAAUAACCAUAUUACCGUUUUCACGUCACCAUUGGCAACGAUCAGAAACAGUGCCAGCUCCUCAGACUCUAUAACCCUUCUCCACGCUAUCAGGCCUCACCUUUGCUUGAGCCUUAGUCGCAAUGGAUCUAGUUCUGUUCCCAAGGUCUUUGAAGUGUGCUGUGAGAUUUUCUGGCUUAUGCUCAAAUAUAUGAGAGUUAUGCUUAAGAAAGAAUUGGAAGUCUUCCUCAAGGAGAUUUACCUUGCCAUUCUCGAAAGACGCAACUCCCCAGCAUUCCAGAAACAGUACUUUAUGGAAAUCCUCGAGAGACUUUCAGGAGAUUCUCGGGCGUUAGUCGAAAUAUAUCUGAAUUAUGACUGUGACAGAACUGCAUUGGAAAACAUCUUCCAAAACCUGAUCGAGCAAAUAUCCCGAUUCGUUAUCAUGCCUGUUCCCAUCACGGGUCAACAUAUUCCUCAGGAAAUCCGCGUCAAGUCUUCAACUACUCCAGAUUGGCAUCAACGCGGUACUCUGCCUCCGAAUCUAACAACAUCAAGUCUCACGAGCACCGCUGCCCCAAGUGCACAGAAUGGAUCUCCAGAGCUUGCUAUGAAGUACCAAGCCCUUGAUUGUCUGGUUGAGAUUCUGCGGUCUCUUGACAGUUGGUCUUCUCAGCGACUACCUAGCUCUACCAAUGGCACCCACGACGAUGUGUCGCGUAAGUCUGUGGAAAAUUACCGAGAGUCCAUAGAUGCACCAUCAUUCUCUGCUGCUCUCCCAUCUCCCUAUAUUGACAGUGGAGGUACUGGAACUGGCCGCUCUACACCAGCAGUUGAGGAUGACCCAAAUGAAAUAGAAAAAGCUAGACAGCGAAAAGCAGCUCUAUCUCAUGCUAUCCAGCAGUUUAAUUUCAAACCGAAGCGAGGAAUCAAGCUGCUGCUCAAGGAUGGUUUUAUUCGAUCCGAUUCACCGAAGGAUAUCGCCAGCUUCCUACUUCGCAACGACCGUCUUGACAAGGCUAUGAUUGGAGAGUACCUUGGAGAAGGUGAUCCUGAGAAUGUUGCCAUUAUGCACGCCUUCGUUGACACUAUGGACUUUACAAAACGAAGGUUCGUUGAUGCUCUUCGUCAGUUCCUGCAGAGUUUCCGAUUGCCGGGAGAAGCCCAGAAGAUCGAUCGAUUUAUGCUCAAGUUUGCGGAGCGUUACCUUGCAGGUAAUCCAAAUAGCUUUGCCAAUGCGGAUACUGCAUACGUUCUAGCGUACUCCGUCAUCAUGCUCAACACAGAUCAGCAUAGUAGCAAAUUGAAAGGUCCUCGCAUGACAAAGGAAGAUUUUAUCAAGAACAACAGAGGUAUCAAUGAUAACGCAGAUCUUCCCGACGAGUACCUCAACUCUAUCUUCGAUGAAAUUGCGAAGAAUGAGAUUGUGUUAGAUUCCGAAAGAGAGCAUGCUGCUAACCAAGGCAUACCUACCGCUACCCCCGCAGGAUUUGCUUCAAGAGCUGGCCAAGUAUUCGCUACCGUUGGUAGAGAUAUUCAAGGAGAAAAAUACGCCCAGGCAUCGGAAGAAAUGGCCAACAAGACUGAGCAGCUUUAUAGGAGUCUUAUUAAAGCUCAGCGCAGAACUGCUGUGAAAGACGAGCUAUCUCGCUUCAUUCCAGCCACUUCAGUACGCCAUGUUGGAUCUAUGUUCAAUGUGACCUGGACAUCUUUCUUGUCGGGCUUAUCUGCUCCUCUCCAGGAAACACAGGAUAUUGAAAAGAUUAGGCUUUGCAUGGAAGGUCUCAAACUAGCAAUCCGUAUAUCUUGCUCUUUUGAUUUAGAAACACCACGAGUGGCUUUUGUGACAGCCUUGGCCAAGUUUACAAACCUUGGCAAUCUUCGAGAAAUGAGUAGCAAGAACUUGGAAGCGUUGAAAAUACUGUUGGAAGUUGCUGUUACUGAAGGAAAUCAUCUCCGAGACUCCUGGCGCGAGAUUCUUACCUGUGUCAGCCAGCUGGACCGAUUUCAAUUGUUGAGCGAUGGUGUUGAUGAAGGAACGUUACCUGAUGUGUCGAGAACACGAAUCGUGCCGUCAAAUUCGAAUGAUACCUCCAAGAGGUUGACACAUUCUACCAGACGACGCCAACGUUCUACGGCCAGCACGUUGUCUUUCAGACCUGAAAUAGCUCUAGAAAGUCGUUCAGCCGAGAUGGUUCAUGCCGUCGAUCGGAUUUUCAGCAACACAGCAAACCUGUCUCAAGAAGCAAUUGUCGACUUUGUUCAAGCACUCAGCGAAGUGAGCCUGCAAGAGAUUCAGUCCUCCGGCCAAAGCGAGUCUCCUCGUACAUACAGUCUCCAGAAGGUGGUUGAAAUUAGUUAUUACAACAUGACUCGAGUCAGAAUUGAGUGGUCUAGGAUUUGGGAAAUCCUCGGACGGCACUUCAAUGAAGUUGGGUGCCAGUCCAAUACGAACGUCGUCUUCUUCGCACUCGACUCACUACGUCAACUUUCAAUGAGAUUCAUGGAAAUUGAAGAAUUGCCUGGUUUCAAAUUCCAGAAAGACUUCCUCAAACCCUUCGAACACAUCAUGGCAAACAGCAACACUGUUACUGUUAAGGAUAUGGUCUUGCGGUGUCUUAUUCAGAUGAUCCAAGCUCGUGGCCAUAACAUUCGCUCCGGUUGGAAAACAAUGUUCGGCGUGUUCACCGUCGCAGCUCGGGAGCCAUAUGAGGGCAUUGUGAAUAUGGCGUUUGAACAUGUUACCCAGAUCUACAAUACCCGGUUUGGAGUGGUGAUCAGCCAAGGAGCUUUUGCGGAUUUGAUCAUCUGCUUAACAGAAUUUUCGAAGAAUAUCAAAUUUCAGAAAAAGUCUCUCCAGGCCAUUGAGACCCUCAAAGCAUCUAUUACCAAGAUGCUCAAAACUCCAGAAUGUCCUCUUUCACGGAAGCAUAUACCCGCCACAGAAGCUACAGAUGUCACGGGCUCUAUCUUGAAACAUCAACUUAACCGUCAAACCCAGGAAGAACAGUUCUGGUACCCGGUGCUCAUAGCUUUCCAAGAUGUCUUGAUGACUGGAGACGAUUUGGAAGUUCGCUCGAGGGCUCUGAACUACCUUUUUGAGACGCUAAUUCGGUACGGUGGCGACUUCCCACAAGAAUUCUGGGAUGUGCUUUGGAGGCAAUUGCUAUAUCCAAUUUUUGUUGUGCUACAAUCCAAGUCAGAGAUGUCAAAAGUGCCGAACCACGAAGAACUCUCAGUUUGGCUGUCAACAACCAUGAUCCAAGCUCUUCGGCACAUGAUAACCCUCUUCACACAUUAUUUUGAUGCAUUACAGGGUAUGCUCAACCGCUUCUUGGGUCUUUUGAACCUCUGUAUCUGCCAAGAGAACGACACAAUCGCACGGAUUGGAAGUAAUUGUCUACAACAAUUGAUUUUGCAAAACGUGACGAAGUUCUCAGAUGAACAUUGGGGCAAGAUUGUGGGUGCCUUUGUUGAGCUUUUCGAUAAGACUACUGCAUAUGAACUCUUUACGGCUGCCUCUCCGAUACCAUCAAAGAUGCCAACGUCAGAAGUAGCAAAGGAUAAUGGCGAUAGCACAAUCAACGGCGUUGUGUCUGUGUCAGAGACUUCAGUCGUCACUUCCGAUGAUGAGAAUGCCUCAACAAUCAAUGAAGCGCAGACACCACUGACUGAAAACGGAGAUGCUGGAGAAACCUCCAACGGUACUUUACAUGAUACGGCUGCGGCUGAACUUGAGGACUAUCGCCCACAAGCCCAGGAACUUACUCAGCAAUCGGCAGCUGUGACUGUUGCUAGACGCCGAUUCUUCAACCGCAUCAUUACUAAUUGCGUGCUACAGCUGCUCAUGAUUGAGACGGUUCAUGAAUUGUUCUCGAACGACAACGUGUAUGAUGAAAUUCCUAGCCCGGAGCUUCUCCGUCUUAUGGGUCUGCUCAAGAAAAGCUAUCAAUUCGCCAAGAAGUUCAAUGAAGACAAGGAUCUGCGUAUGCAAUUGUGGCGUCAGGGAUUCAUGAAGCAGCCACCCAAUCUUCUCAAGCAAGAAAGUGGUAGCGCAGCCACAUAUGUCAACAUACUUUUCCGCAUGUACAGCGAUGAGCGCGAAGAGAGAAAGAGCAGUAGAGUCGAGACCGAGACUGCCCUUGUUCCAUUAUGUGCAGAUAUCAUUCGCAGCUAUGUCCGUCUCGAUGAAGAAACCCAACAUCGAAACAUCGUAGCAUGGCGCCCUGUUGUAGUUGACGUGAUGGAAGGAUACGUCAAUUUCCCUCAAGACAAUUUUACUCAGUAUAUCGACACAUUCUACCCCCUGGCCAUUGAUCUCCUCGGUCGUGAACUGGCUUCUUCGGAGAUCCGACAUGCUCUUCAAUCUCUCCUUCAACGGGUCGGCGAGGUCAAACUUGGAUUGACAUUCCCACAUACUGCUGGUGCCGAACCAUCUUCAUCAGCCAACUCUAUUAGGACGUAUAGCCGUGGUCAUUGA